AUGAGCUGCUCGGCGGACGCCGUGAAGGAGAAGCUGCUGUGGAACGUGAAGAAGGAGGUAAAGCAGAUCAUGGAAGAAGCUGUCACCCGGAAAUUUGUCCAUGAAGACAGCAGUCACAUCAUCGCCUUAUGUGGUGUUGUGGAAGCGUGUCUCCUGCACAUGCUGAAGCGCAGGGCUGCUGGCUUCCUGCGGACUGACAAGGUGGCUGCACUGUUCACCAAAGUUGGCAAGACAUACACAAUAGCUGGAGACAUAUGCAAGAAAGUGCAGGAACUGCAGCAGCAGGUAGAAAGCAGGAAAAAUCAGCCAAAUGGGCAGGAACCCCUCAAGAGGCAGGGAUCAACCACAAGCAAAACACCUGUCCUGACACCUCAGGCCAUCAAACACAUAUGGGUUCGGACAGCAUUGAUUGAGAAAGUACUCGACAAGAUUGUGCAGUAUAUCGUCGAUAACUGCAGUAAAUAUUAUGAAAAAGAAGCUUUACUGGCAGAUCCUGUUUGUGGCCCAAUACUGGCUUCUCUUCUAGUUGGACCAUGUGCUCUGGAGUACACCAAGCUAAAAACAGCAGAUCACUAUUGGACAGACCCUUCAGCAGAUGAGCUUGUUCAACGACACCGGAUUCAUGGAGUACACGGCCGCCAAGACUCUCCUUCGAAGCGCCCAGCCCUGGGAGUCCGGAAACGACAUUCAAGUGGGAGCACAUCAGAAGAUCGCUUUGCUGCUUCGGCAAGAGAGUAUGUGGAGUCUUUGCACCAGAAUUCCCGAACACACCUUUUAUAUGGAAAAAACAAUGUCUUAGUCCAGCCGAAAGAUGACUUGGAGGCAAUUCCUGGGUAUCUCUCCCUUCAUCAGUCAGCAGAUAGUUUGACAUUAAAAUGGACUCCAAAUCAGCUGAUGAAUGGAACCCUUGGAGAUUCAGAGCUGGAGAAAAGUGUUUACUGGGACUACGCAUUAAUAGUGCCACUCAGCCAGAUCGUCUGCAUUCACUGCCAUCAGCAACAAAGCAGAUGGACAUUAGUCUUGGUGAGUCAGGAUGGAACUCAGAGACCUCCGCUGCACUUCCCCCAAGGAGGUCACCUCCUCGCAUUUCUCUCCUGUCUGGAAAAUGGUCUUCUGCCUCGUGGUCAGCUGGAACCACCACUUUGGUCCCAACAGGGCAAGGGUAAGGUAUUUCCAAAGCUUCGAAAACGGAACAGCAACAAAUCGGUGGACCUAGAGGAAAUGCCAGCUGAAGAUACUUCUACAGACUAUGUGUUCAGAAUUAUCUAUCCAGGACACAAGCAUGAUAACAUAACUAUUAACUACCACCACUUAGCUGCCAGCCGCUCUACCUCUGUUGACGAUGAUGAGGAGGAGGAAGAUAAGCUACACGCAAUGCUAUCAAUGAUCUGCUCUCGGAACCUCACAGCUCCUAAUAGGAUGAAAGACACCAGCGAAAUGAUAGAGAUGCAAGGCUUUGGGGCAAACUUGCUUUCAUGGCAGCUGGAGCACUGCAGCCAAGGCUCCUCGUGUGUCUCCUGUUCAACAGGCAGCUCUCCCUAUGAUAUACCCAGCUGUUGCAACUGCAUCCAUGAUAGAACUCCAUUAAAGAUGUUGUGUGAAAGCAUGAAGAGGCAAAUAGUUUCCAGAGCCUUUUAUGGAUGGCUUGCCUACUGCCGCCAUUUGUCAACAGUGCGAACGCAUCUGUCUGCCCUUGUGAACCACACUAUUAUCCCACCUGACAAACCAUCCAGUGCUGCAGGCGGCCUGACUAAAGAGGUCUGGAGCAAGUAUCAGAAGGACAAGAAGAAUUACAAGGAACUGGAAUUACUUAGAAGAGUUUACUACGGCGGGGUACAGCAUGAGAUUCGAAAGGAAGUAUGGCCAUUCUUGUUAGGUCACUAUAAAUUUGGCAUGGCCAAAAAGGAAAUGGACCAGGUGGAUGAAGACAUUGCUCUCCAGUAUCAGAAGGUCAUGGCUGAGUGGAAAGCCUGUGAGGUCAUUGUAAGGCAGCGAGAGAAAGAAUCACAUUCUGCUACGCUGGCCAAGUUUUCAUCAGGCAGCAGCAUUGACAGCCAUGUCCAGCGACUGAUUCACAGGGACUCCACCAUCAGCAACGAUGUCUUUAUAUCUGUAGAUGAAACGGACUCAGCAGAGCGGGACUCAAAAGGUCAGGACGACCCCACUUUCACCAUGCUGUCUGCCGACACGCCAGCAGCAGUAGCUGCCGUAGAGCAACAGUCUGUGGAGUUUGACUCCCCUGACUCUGGGCUGCCAUCCUCGAGGAACUACUCCGUGGCCUCAGGCAUCCUGUCCAGUAUCGAUGACGGGCAGAGUGUCUCCUUUGAAGAUGGGGCUGAAGAAGAAGCUAGCACUGACUUGGAAAGGACUGAUUCAGACAUAUCGCGUAUACAGAAAGCCAAGUCGGUUGUACUGCAGUCUCAGGAUUCUGUAUCAGAAGAGCAGCUGUGUUCCCAGGUGGAUUAUUUAAUGGAUGUUGCUUCUGUCUGCGCCGCAUCCUACACAAUAGAGUUAUUGGACACUGUUGCCUUAAAUUUGCACAGAAUUGAUAAAGAUGUCCAGAGAUGCGAUCGGAAUUACUGGUAUUUUACUGCCGAUAACCUGGAGAAACUCCGAAAUGUCAUGUGCAGUUAUGUUUGGGAGCACCUAGACGUUGGUUAUGUUCAAGGCAUGUGUGACCUCCUGGCUCCUUUGAUGGUUAUACUUGACAAUGAUCAACUGGCUUACAGCUGCUUCAGCCACCUGAUGAAGAGGAUGAGCCAGAACUUCCCCAAUGGAGGUGCUAUGGACACACACUUUGCCAACAUGCGGUCCCUAAUCCAAAUUCUAGACUCAGAGCUUUUUGAAUUGAUGCACCAGAACGGAGAUUACACUCACUUUUACUUCUGCUAUCGCUGGUUCCUGCUUGACUUUAAAAGAGAAUUGUUGUACGAGGAUGUAUUUACAGUGUGGGAAGUUAUUUGGGCAGCAAAGCACAUCUCUUCAGAACAUUUUGUCCUUUUCAUUGCCUUAGCACUUGUGGAAGUUUAUCGAGAGAUUAUCCGUGAUAACAACAUGGACUUCACUGAUAUCAUCAAGUUUUUUAACGAAAUGGCAGAGCAUCAUAAUGCCGAGGAAAUUCUGAGGAUAGCAAGAGACCUUGUCUACAAAGUGCAGACACUGAUUGAAAAUAAGUGAUCAUGAACAGACUGUCAUUGUGGG